CUUGCUUGUACAUUAAUGCUGCCGAGGGGAAGCCCUAUGCCCUAUUCAGCUCUGUCCGGGUCGGAACACCCCGCAUGUAAAAUGUACAAAAAAGCUUUCACAGCAGGACAUCUGCGACUAUUGAAUGCCUUUUCAGUAGUUAGAUUUCAAAAAGCCUACUGCUGCUUUAACCUGACCGGAGAGGAUUGAGUAAAAUCUUUGACCUGACCCUGCCAUCAGCUUGCCCACCGAAUCGCUACGGACUUGUGACGUCAGGGAUUUGUUUUACAGAGAGUCGAUAUACCUAAUGCGAUGUGAACCCAUUGAACAACAGAACUGCCAUCCAAAGUUAACUUAACGUUACUUGUGAAACAAUCGGAAUGGUCUGUCCUGCACCACAAAACUACAAAAUGCAUAGACUGGGCAGUUAACGACAGUGAACAGUGGAUGGCAGGAAAUGUCCAUCUCUUCAGCUUUAGACACAUAGCACAAAGGACCCUACCUUAGGGUGUUCUGAUUGCUUAGUGAAGAAAAUGCCAGCAGUGCCAUGGGGUAUGGAAGAGACGGAGUCCACGUUGGAUGACGAUCUACAGGACCAUCUUUGUAUUUCUUGGAGUGGAAUCUGUAGGAAGACUCCAGUUCUGUUGUUCUAUGCUGAGGCCCUUUUGACCAAAGAUGGCAGUAUCCGUACUAUUGGUGAGCGGUAUAAUUUGGCCUUUAAGAUUGUCCGAACAGAAAGUCGACUGGUGCGUGGACUACUCACCAACCAUGGAUUCCAUGAGGUCCAUCCCAACAGUAAUGACUUCAACCUGAUGUGGACAGGCUCUCAUCUGAAGCCUUACCUGCUCCGUGGUCUUCAGGCUUUUCAGAAGGUCAACCAUUUUCCAAGGUCAUAUGAGUUAACACGGAAGGACCGGCUGUACAAAAACAUCCAGCGUAUGCAGCAGGCAUAUGGAUACAAGAACUUCCACUUUAUUCCACAGACCUUCGUACUCCCAUCAGAAUAUCAGGAGUUCUGCAACUCCUUCUCUAAGGACAAGGGACCUUGGAUCAUCAAGCCAGUGGCCUCCUCCCGUGGCAGAGGCAUUUAUUUGGUUAGCAAUCCCAGCCAGAUCUCUUUGGAUGAGAAUAUUCUGGUGUCCCGUUACAUCAACAACCCAUUGCUCAUCGAUGACUUCAAGUUUGACGUGCGGCUGUAUGUAGUCGUCACUUCCUAUGACCCUGUCAUCAUCUACCUCUAUGAAGAAGGACUUGCCAGGUUUGCCACUGUGAAGUAUGAGCACAACACAAAGCAUAUCAAGAAUCAGUUCAUGCACCUGACCAAUUACAGUGUUAACAAGAAGAGCAGUGAUUAUGUCAGCUGUGAUGACCCCGAUGUGGAGGAUUAUGGCAACAAGUGGAGCAUGAGUGCAAUGCUGCGGUAUUUGAGGCGGCACGGAAAGGACACCACAUUGCUUAUGGAGCAGAUAGAGGACCUGGUGAUAAAAGCUUUGCUGAGUGUGGAACUGCACAUUGCCACAGCCUGCAAGAUGUUCAUCCCCCACAGGACCAAUUGCUUUGAACUCUAUGGUUUUGAUGUCCUAAUUGAUACCAACCUUAAACCUUGGCUCCUGGAGGUCAACCUCUCCCCUUCUCUGGCUUGUGAUACUCCACUAGAUCUGAAGAUCAAGGCCAGUAUGAUUUCAGACAUGUUUUCCCUCAUUGGCUUUGUGUGUCAGGACCCUUUGCUGCGACAGCUGCGAUUAGAUCGAACGGGACAGGAGCCAAGCCUCAAGUGCCAGACCCAGAGGGCUCAGCGACAGAGGCCUUACUCUGCCAGCAGCUCAGAGAAGGGGGGAGACAAGAGGGAGAUCCAGGGAGAGAGCACACUCAGCCUUACAUCCGAGGAGACAAAGGUACUCAGAAGAAUUCAGGAAGAAUAUGAGAGGAGAGGUGGUUUUGUACGGAUUUUUCCCACUUCAGACACUUGGGAGCUGUACAGUGGUUAUCUGGAGUACAAGACAAAUAUGAACUCCAUGCUGGCCAACAAGUUGUUCUCUGGAAGAUAUGGGAAAGCGGCCACGGCCUCGAUAUCACGAGCGAGCGCAGUUGCCGUACUGGAUGGGGAUGGCUGCCAGGCCGAUCAUGGGCUGCAGUAUGAGAAGAAGCUGCUUAGCCUGGAGGCCCGGUGCCUGAGGAGAAGACACACAGCCAAGAGAAGAACUAGCAGCCGGAGAGGAGCUGCCAGGAGAUGUAGGGGAAACCCUUUUGUGAGCAGUGGAGAUGAGGAAGGUGAAGAAGCAGAAGAUGGAGCACCUGUGGAGGGUGAUGAGCAGAGGAGGCCCUCUGGUCUGUGUCCCCGCAGAGUCCUGGCUGAACGGGGGGAUGCAGCCCUUGUUUCAGGACAUGCCUCAGCUGGCAACAAGCCACAUGUCAACCUACUGAAUGUCCUUCAGCAAGGCUGGCACCUCAGUAAAGUGCAAGCUCGGAUGGCCUUCUCUUGUUACCUCCAGCGUGUGAAGAAGAGACUUCAAACUGAGAGCAAAAUGAACUGUACAACACCUUGGCCAGAGAAGGACAAUGAUCAAAUGGAACUGAUCAUUCGCUUUUUGAAACGAGCAGCUAGCAAUCUUCAGGAAGACAUGAAGAUGGAUCUGCCUAGUACCCAGCUGCCUCUACACGACCGCUGUCGGAUCCUCUCAUUCCAGCUGGGAGAGUUUAUACACUGUUACAACAAGGAGACACAGCAGAUGGUUCAGAAGCUGGAGAAGAUCAAAGAUGAAGAACGCUGCAUAAAUCGAAGUGUAUUCCAGGAGUUUAUUGUAAAAGCCAGUGAAAACGACUUGGAGGAAGUGCUGACCUUCUACACUCAGAGAAACAAGUCUGCCAGCGUGUUUUUGGGAACCACAUGCCCCAACUCUAAACCAGAACAUAAGGGGGACCUCUGUCCUGGCUCGGGAGAGCCAGAGGGAGUGAGGCAUGCAAAGUGGGGCUCCAUGACGUCUGCUGCCUGUAAGGUCCAGGAGAUGGGUGACCAAAGGGAUGCAGCCCAAAGGGAAAAUGUCUCUGAGAACGAUGAUCUCCGAACAAACAGUGGACUUCAAAGGGAUAUUAAUAUAAUUGAGGUUCAGCCUCACAAGCUCACUACCAGUGAAUUGCAAAGUGGUGUGUCAACAAGUGAAAUGAAAAAAGCCUUAACCUGUGAUCAAAUGUAUGCACAUCAUGGCUCUCCUCUACCUCAGGCCCAAAGUCACCCUCAUUCUUACUACCAGCCCUCUACCUAUUCCCAGCCUCCACCCCAUCCCCUCAAUCAUGUUGAAAAGGAUCAUCAUAGGCCUGUUUCUUCCAUGCUCAACACCAUGUGCUCCAGCGCAAUGUCCGCCCCUGACACUGGUCCACUGCAGGCAGUGCGCUCAUCUGUAUCCUCUACUUCUGUGGACUCCUCCAUGACAACAUCGUCAUUGUCCCUCCCCAGCACUUUACAGUUUGGUAGUAAGAUGACUUCUGACCCCGGCUCCACAGUUUCAGAGAGAUCUAAGAGCAGUUUGAAUAAGCCUAGACCUGGCUCUGCUAGAGUGCUGAAAGAGCUGGACUGCCUGUCGUCUCACCAUAAUCAGAAAGCUAUCACGUCGGCCUUGCAAAAUCUGGUGGAGAAGCAAGCGGCACAACAGUACUCAACCUCCAACCACAUCACGUUGACACAACAUUUGACCAACCUGAAUAUUGCCAGUGGGGUUCUUGGGAAAAAUAGUCUCCACCUCAGCCAAAGUCUUCAGAACUGGCCCAUGAGAACUCUGUACUCUGGAACUAGCAGUGCUACCAGUGCUUCAAGUCAGAGGGCCACACCGGAAUACAUGACCAAGUUGGACAGGGAGGCCCAGAGUGUUUAUCAGCUGGUCAGGGGCAUACUACCUCAGGACAGCAACCAGUCUUCUGCUGGGAGCUACCAGCUUCAUUUUGCCAUCCAGCAGUUGCAGCAACAGAAGCGGACGUCAAGUCAGUUGCUGUGUCAGAGCCGCAACCGGCACCAGGCCAUUCUGGCUGCUCAUGCAGUAAAUCGCUGCCCUGGUGAUGCUGUAUUUCACCCAAGGACCUCAACUCUUCCUGCUUCCAGGACUCUAGUGAACUACUCACCACAGCCAAACUCUGUCGUCUGGACCCCAAAACCACCCAGCACCAGCCGAAAAGGUCCAGCCGACAAGACUUCCAUCCAGCGUCUCAAUAAGAAACCGGCUGACAAAUGCUGUUCCUGAGCCAAAAUCCAGAAACCCCUCUAACAAUGUAUAGCUGCACUCCAAGGUGCCCGUGAAGUAAGAAAUCCCAGGUCAGACAUUUGAAGGGAUACUUUUUGUGAAGCCUUUGCUCCAUCCCACACCAACGCCAGCAUCAGCUGUGUUCUUCCAAUCCCAUGAUGCUCAAGAUCCAGUAAAAAAAUAUUGGCAAUGGACAACCAGCAGCAGCCAGUCACUGCAUGGGGAUGUCUAAGAAUCAGCCCGCUUUAGUUCCAACGCUUGUUUGUACUGUCGUACUUGUGUAUGAAUGUUCAGCACCUGUGGAAACACACAGAAAACAAACUUGUACUUUUCAGCAUGGAGGAUAGUUUCUUAUGAAAGAGAUGUGCCAAAACCUGGCAUGACAUAAAACAUAAAACCACUGUAAGUAGUGUCUGUCUGUGAAAUUAUGAGUAGAUCUCUCAGUAAUGUGAUGCUUGAAGAUAAGGCAGAUUUUGGAUUAGAUGGUAGUCCAUAUGCCACAGUAACCGUCAUAAAUAAUAUAAAUCUUUGGUUUGGUCUCCUUCCACUGGUAAAGCAUUUUUAAUUAACAAAUAAAUAAACAUAUUUACUACUCUUUAUUGUGAUUUUGUAUAUUAGAAAACUGUGUUAGAAAACAAUUUUUCAGUGAAAGGAAGGCUGUGGAUGAAGACACUGAUGAUACUUUUCAUGAUCAGUAUUUUCUCAUGUCUUUUUAAUGACACAAAAUAAAUAAAUGGUCUUUUUUA